CAAGCAGCCUAUGAAAUGAGGAUGCAGAAUAAUUCUAGUCCUUCAGUAUCUCCUAAUACGAGUUUCACUUCUGAUGGCUCCCCGUCUCCGAUAGGAGAAAUUAAGCGAAAAGCAGAAGACAGUGACAGUGAACCUGAACCAGAGGAUAACGUCAGGCUUUGGGAAGCUGGGUGGAAGCAGCGGUACUACAAGAACAAAUUUGACGUUGAUGCAGCUGAUGACAAAUUCCGUCGUAAAAUUGUACAGUCUUACGUUGAAGGGCUCUGCUGGGUUCUUCGAUAUUAUUACCAGGGCUGUGCUUCCUGGAAGUGGUAUUAUCCAUUUCAUUAUGCACCAUUUGCUUCAGACUUUGAAGGUAUUGCAGACAUGCCUUCUGAUUUUGAGAAGGGUACUAAACCGGUAAGCUUGAGUAUUUAGAGCCAUAACAUUUGUAGAAUUUUGGCUUAGAUAAAAAUUGUGUCUUAUCUUAAACUUUUUUUCUUUCU